UUUACGGUCGAACGCUAUGACGAUGGUAUUAAAUAAAAGCAAUUACAUUCUUUCAAGUUUGAUUUUCAUAACAUUGGCACCAAAGUCGUUAUGUUACGAGGCGUUAUCUAAAGAGGAAAAUCUGAGACGGUUCCUGUUAACAGAAUACGAACCCAAAGCCCAGAAAUUCUACUACAAUCAUGUUCAUACCGAAUGGGAGCAUUCCCUUGAUCUCGACAACAAACAGAAGGAGAAGGCCAAAAUACAGGCAACAUUAGUGGCGGCGAGGUUCGAGAAGGAUUAUUGGCAAAGAUAUUUUCGCCAUCUAACACCGUCUGAUUACCAGGACGUAAAUAUUCAGCGGCAAGUCGCGAUGUUAAAGGAAUUGGGUAUUGCGGCUUUGGACGAUUUUAAAUUUCUGAAGCUUUCGAGUAUACGAUCCAAUAUGAUGAAUAUUUAUAGUACCGCUAAAAUUUGCCCUUAUCGAAAGAGAAAAUGCGAUUUGAAAAUGGAAGGUUUAUCUUUAGAUCCAGAAAUCGAGUCGAUUAUGGCAAUCUCGACUGAUUACGAUGAGUUAUUGUAUACGUGGGAAGCGUGGAGGAAUGCGACCGGACCAAGAAUGAAAGAACAAUUUAAAAUUUACGUGGACCUUUCCAACGAAGCGGCAAGGGCUAAUAAUUUUAGUGACAGAGGAGCAAUGUGGCGAAGCAAAUUUGAAUCCCCCACGUUUGAGGAGGAUUUACAACGUCUUUGGCUGGAAGUGAAGCCUUUAUAUGACGAACUACAUUUAUACGUACGCAAUAAAUUAAAGUUGGUGUACGGCGAUCGCCUGGAUAUUGGGGAUGGUUUAAUUCCUGCCCACGUUUUAGGAAAUAUGUGGGCGCAAAAUUGGAUUCAUGUAAGCGAUUUAGUUUUACCUUUCCCGGAUGCCGGAAUAAUCGAUGUUACGGCUUCUUUAAGAGGGAAGGGUUACACGCCGUUAGGGAUGUUCCAAACUGCCGACGAAUUUUACCAAUCUUUGGGUUUAGAGUCAACUAGCAUGUCGUACAAUGUAACCGCUGGAGCUAUGAUUGAAAAACCUGCAAACCGGAAUGUAAUGUGCCAUGCAUCUGCUUGGGAUUUUCAUAACGGUCGGGAAUUUAGAAUUAAAAUGUGCACUCAAGUUAAUUUUGAAGACUUCAUUACGAUCCAUCACGAAUUGGGGCACAUACAGUAUUACCAACUGUAUAAAAAUCAACCUCUAACCUUUAGGGACGGCGCUAAUCCAGGAUUUCACGAAGCAGUCGGCGAUACGAUUGCUUUAUCCGUUUGUUCCACGACCCAUCUGCAAAAAAUUCAUCUCAUUUCCGGCAAUCAACUGACGCCCUCAUCAAAUUUGAAUGCUCUCAUGAACAUGGCUUUAGAACGAAUUGCCUUUCUACCCUUCGGAUUACUAAUAGAUAAAUGGAGAUGGGACGUGUUUAGUGGAAAGGUUCCACCCGAAAAGUGGAACUCGCACUGGUGGCAAUACAGGGAAACCAUACAGAAAGUAAAACCGCCGAUAUCCAGAUCUGACGUGUUAGAUUUUGAUCCAGGAUCUAAAUUUCACGUUCCAGCUGACACACAAUAUAUUUCUUAUUUCGUGGCACACAUCUUAGAAUUUCAAUUACAUAAGGCACUAUGCAUCGCCGCCGGCCAAUACGACCCGUCCGAUAAAUUACUCCCGCUGCAUAAAUGCGAUAUUUAUGGGUCCAGGAAAGCCGGCGAGAAAUUGAGGGCAGGCCUUUCGCUCGGAUCCAGUCGACAUUGGAGUGUUGCGCUAAAGGAAAUUACGGGUGAAACUGAAUUAUCUGGGUCAGCAAUAAUUGAAUACUUUCAACCCCUUUAUCAAUAUUUGCAGAGAGAGAAUUACAAAAUUACGUUACGCAUUUGAAAAUUAUGUCACCGCAUCCCGAUUUAAAUUUGUACUCUAGAAACAAUUAAAAUUACAAACAAAUAGGUUUCCUGUUACUGAGGUACAGCCAAAACCACUCGAUUAAGUUGUGUAGGUAUUU